ACUCCUGCAUUACCCCAAAACCCCAAAACACUAGCUAUCAUCAUCAACGAAAGACUGAGAGCCGAACCAGGUGAUCGAGUGAGUUGGGAUCCCAAUGGGAAACAGUUUGGGAAGCAAAAAGAAAGCAAAGGUUAUGCAAAUUAGUGGGGAGACAUUGAAGUUGAAGACGCCUGUCCAAGCUGGUGAGGUAGUGAAGAACUACCCUGGUCACGUUUUGCUUAAAUCCCAAGAGGUAAAGCAUUUGGGGAUCAGAGCAAAGCCUUUGGAGCCGCACCAACACCUUAAGGCCAAGGCAGUCUACUUCCUCGUGGAGUUGCCGAAGGUUAGUAGUACUAGUAGUGACAAGUUAAAAGAGAAAGUUCCGAGGAGAGUCCAGUCCGGAAUAAACAUGACUGCCAAGGACAGGCUUGAGAGUUUAAUGCUGUCUCGGAGGUCGGUUUCCGACCUCUCCAUCAUGAAAUCGGUACCCGAGAAAUCGCAAGAUGGGGCGGUGCGGUUGAGGAUGAGGCUUCCCAAGGCUCAAGUGGAGAUGCUGAUGCAGCAGAGCCGAGAUGACGAAGAGGCAGCAGAGAAGAUUAUGAAUCUUUGCAUGGUUAAUGCCAACAUUGGUGGUGAGACCAAUGAGAAGGAUGAUCAUGGAAGAGUUGUUAGACUAGGCUCCAAGAAGCGUGAGAAGCGAGUGAGCUUCCGACCGGUCGACGAUGGAGAAAUACAGCUAGCUGUAGCUGCUUAACAAGCAGUGGGCAGCCGGUAAUGGAAAUGUUUGUGGCAGUUGGCGGUCCAGAGUCGAAGGCUCUACUGUCCACACUCUUUCAGUCUGUCCAGUUUCCGAUCUACCAAUUGGUGCAAUCAAGAGUUACCUAAACCUACUGAUGUAGAAUGAGUGAUUGUAUAUCAUAUAGUGAUGGUCAUCUUUUCUGCUUUGACCAUAGAUCUGUCCCUGAACCCAAACAUACAGCUUGAGGUUUACAUAAAGUUGAAGUUUAAGAUUAAAGAUGCAAAAUUUUAAUUCUAUUC